AUGGCAUUCAAGGUCCCUGUAAAAUCCAUAUUGAAACAACCCGGACCAAGACCAGACGAAGCAGAAGCAAAAUCCGCCCGCGACCAAAAGAACUACACCCUCGCCUUACAACACGCCCGCAAAAUCCAAGCCCAAAAAGACUGGCAAAUCCGGAUCGUGAACGCCAUCCAAGUACUCCUAGACUAUCCCACCACAUCGCAUCAAACGGGAGACGAAGUAGAUGCAUCAAAAUUCAUCGUCCUAAUUCAGCCCUUCCAACCCUCGGACCUGGACGCACUGAUAGAAGAACGUGUCGUUGAUGGGAAAUGCGGAUGGCCUCUCUGCUCCAACGAACCUCGGAGCGUGAGUCUAGGCAAGGAUGCAGAGUGGAAAGUAGGCAAGUUCAAGAUGGGGUUCUGUUCAAAUGCGUGUGCGAAGAAGAUGGCGUUUGUCAAGACGCAGCUGAGUGAGAUUCCGGUCUGGGAGCGAGAUCCUGGUAUCAGUAUCUCUAUCACGCUGCCCGAUGUUGUCGGGGUGGUGGCACCUGUGACGAAAGAUGAUUCUUCUGUGCCGAACGGCAAUUAUGAUGUGGCGAAUGCCAUUCAUGAGCUGGCCCUCGAACGCGGCGAAAAAGCUACAUCGUUCAGACCGAAUCAAGUUAUGCUGGAUCAAAUCGUUGAGAAGGCUGGUGUUGUGCAUAAGCCUUUGUCGGGCGUGCAUGGUGCAGAUGUCUCGAGUACUGCUAUUGAGGGCUAUGAGCCCAGGGUCAAGACCAAAGUUGGCUUUGUAGACGAGGACGAGGAAGGCAGCGAGGAUGGUGAUUGA